CAUAUGGAUAAGGGAAGGGCGUUUUCAGCGGUACCAUGUUACCGAAUAAAGAGGAAACGGGUGAUUUUUCUCUAAAACAAACUUGACACGCUGGUCAGAUGGUGUCGCAUUUGUAAAAACAAGUUUCCGUGCAACUCAUGUCCCUCUAUCCCUAUCGGGUCCCGCAACAAACUUCAACCCGUAUCCCGUGCAGACAUUUUACUCUUGCUGCAGUCAUGACUCGAUGACCCUGUCAGCUGUAAUAAAGAAAUGGUUUUGACCAACCUGCUAGCCUGAUCCAAAAAAAUCCUGCUGAGUUUAGCCUAUCUGCGCAUGCCCAAAGCACCCCGUGAAUUUACCAGUGUCGAUCAAGUUUGUGCUAUGAAGGGAAACAAGGAAUCUAGUGCAACGACCGCAGUCAAAUAUCAUGAUCAUAGUUUUACGUCAGACUUUUCAAGGUUACGAAAAUCCGACACGCACAUCCAGUAUCUAUCAAUAAUUAAGAGCUUUUCUGAUUUAUAGUUGCUUAAAAGGAAGAAAUUUUCAGGUCAAAACAACAGGUGACGAACAGUGAGCAAGAGAGCCUCGAGGAGUGAACGCGUCCAGCAUUUGUCAUGAGGGUAACACUGGCAUUAACUGCUUGCCUUUUCGCCAUGGAAGCGCUUAUUACAUCGACUGAAGGAAACUUUGAAGCCUCGGGGAAUUAUGAGCAAGGAACAAAAGAUCACGCUCCCAUCUCGCUCGAACACGAAUCUCACGCUGAAGACGAGGAGGGCAGUGCGUUCGAUUCGGGAAGUGGUGCUUCGGGUUCUGGGGCAAAGGACGCUUCGGUUGUUGGCUACCCGUCGCCAUAUCCUUCCCCGUCUGUUGGUUUCCCUGUACCCGCCCCGGCACCAUAUCCUAUGACUCCUGUUGCACCCGCCCCGUCACCCGUCCCGUCACCAUAUCCUUCCCCCCCUGUUGCACCCGCCCCGUCACCAUAUCCUUUCCCUGCACCAGCCCCAUCUCCAUAUCCUUACCCUACUCCAUCACCAUAUCCCGCUCCAUAUCCUUACCCUGGACAAGGUCCCUUGCCAUAUCCCUACCCAUAUCCUUCCCCGUAUCCCUACCCUGUCGUGCAUCCCGCCCCCGCCCCUGCACCCGCCCCCGCACCCGCACCCGCACCGCCCUCGAAAGAAGAAGAGGAAGAGGAGGAAGAAGAGGAGGAAGAGAAGAAAAAGGAGAAGAAGAAGGGCGAAGAUAAUCCAAAAGAUAAGAACACAAGCCACGAUAAAAAAGAAAGGGAUGACUGAAGAGGAACGUCAAACAAGUUUAGGACCUUCUCGUUGAUAAAAGUUUUUAUUGUAAAAUUGAAGAAAUACCCUGACAAAAUAAAGGUUUAUUGAUUUUCCUUAGGUAACCUCCAGCAUCUAAUUAAAGUCAAUAAUAAUAAUAAUAGUAAUAAUAAUAAUAAUAGAUUUAUAUAGCGCUAAAUUAUAAAAUAUUCUAAAGCGCUUUACAGUGUACGAGUAAGAUUACAAUAAAAAUAUAACAAGUAUGAUGAAUAGAUAUGAUAAAUUAAAACCAAUAAAACAUUGUGUAU